GCUUAAUCAUGUUGGAGUCGGAAAGUGAAACUAGGCUAAGUGCAUUCUGAUUUGACUUCUAGUUUCAUUUUCUCCUAAACAAAACUUAAGUGACAUAAUGUAACAGAGGGUAAUGAGUUACCCUCUGUUGAUAAAUAGUUGCAGUUCACAUCAGCUGUCAGACCUACGAGAACUUUCUAAGAAGUAUCAGAAUAUACACAAGAUCAGUGGGAGCUGCAGUUUGAUGACACCAUUGCAGCAAAUAAGAACGGAGACUGGGAGCAGUACAUCAGGCGAACUUGUGCAAGGUUUAAAUGCGUCCAACGGUGUGACGGUCCUAUUCCACUUUCGCCUCAACAGGACACGUCAGGGGACAGUGAAAGUGCACCUCUAUCGACAAAACUGUAAGGUGUGCAAAAAAGCGCCAAUGGAACGGCCAAGCAUAUCUCCAGUGAACAUUAAAAUCCUGAUGGAGAAUCUGGUCAAGAAUAUCAGGAAGAGGUGCUACGCCCCCUGCAGUGUUCUGAGUUUGAACUGCUCAGAGCCCACGCAGCUCGCACUGUUCACCGCUCUGGAUCCUGUCUUCAAACUGAACUCCAUUCGGCCCGUCAAACACAUGACCACCUCCACCAAUGUCACCAUCUACUUCACUAUGUACGGCAUACUUGGAGUGGAUGAAAAGGCUCAGUUGCUGAUGACUUAUAUCUGGCUGAGUUUUUGGUGGAACAAUGAGUAUGUUUCAUGGGAUCCAAAAGAGUGUGGCACCUCAAAAAUACCUCUUCCCAGGAAUAAAUUUUGGGUUCCAGACAUUGUCAUCAAUGAAUUCAUGGAUGAGAACAAAGCUCCCUCCGUUCCAUAUGUCUAUCUCCAUAGUGAUGGACGAAUCAACGAUGGUCUACCAGUCAAAGUGGUCAGCUCCUGUAACCUCGACAUCUACACAUUUCCGUUUGACAUCCAGAACUGCACACUCACCUUUAACUCCUACCUCCACAGAAUAAAGGACAUAAGGGUGGUUUUGGGACGAUCUGUGGAGAGGAUCACAAAUCUCUCCAAAGAGGUGAUGACUACAAUGGGGGAGUGGGAGCUCAUUGACAUAACCUACAGCGACUGGAGCGAACACAGUGAUGAAAACGAGAUUGAUGAGCUGGCCUUUCAUGUACGUGUGCGACGCAGGGCCACUCUGUAUGUGGUUAAUCUGAUCAUCCCCAGCUGUUUCCUCAUCACCGUGGACCUCUUCAGCUUCCUCCUGCCUCCUCAGAGCGUGGAUAGGUCCGCCUUUAAAAUGACCCUGAUCUUGGGCUACACCGUCUUUCUCCUCAUCAUGAACGACCUGCUGCCCAUCACUGGAAAUAUCAUACCCCUCAUAAAUGUCUUUUUCUCCUUGUGCCUCGCUCUAAUGGUGGCCAGUUUGCUAGAGACUAUCCUCAUCACUGAUCUGCUGCACAGCGCCAACCGUCUCUCUCCUAUGCCACGCUGGGUCCGUGUACUUGUACUGCAAAUCUUUGGCUGCCUUGUCUGCCUGCCGUGGAAGCCUUCAGAAAAUACUGAAAACACAGUUGAUGUUGGUGCAGAUGAAAUAGAAAUGCAGAAAGAAAGCCCUCCCAAUGAGACUGCACUGGUGAAUGCUGCUGACAUCCCUGAAGGUGGAGGUGAGAAGAAAGACCAGCUGGCAGAGGACACAGCCCUGCAGGAGCUCAGGAGCCUGGGGGAAGACCUCAAAGCUCUGCGAUUCCAUGUGGACCAGCAGUUGGGAGAAAACCCAAUCACCAAAGAGUGGGUCCAGUGCCACCAGCAGAAAAUCAAGUGCUCUAGGGUUCUGUUCAUCUUCAUCAGUCUGUUUCUGUGUGUGAAUGGGUUAUCUGUCACAAAGAACUGCACAUCUCCGGACCCCGUUGCUCUGCUGGAGGCUCUCGGUCCCGUCUUUGAACUCAGCAGUAUCCGGCCAGUGUCAAACCUCAGCACACCCACUAUGGUCUCUAUGGAAUUUAUCAUGUUUGGCAUUUUGGGAGUGGAUGAAAAGGCCCAGCUUCUGACAACAUUUAUUUGGCACUUUGUGGUAUGGGAGAAUGAGUUUAUGAGAUGGGACCCAGAUCAGUGUGGCUCUGCCUGGCUGACUGUCCCAAGAGAAAAAAUGUGGGUGCCAGACAUUGUCAUUAAUGAAUUCAUGGAGAAGAAUACAGCCCCAUCGGUCCCAUAUGUGUAUUUAAACCAUGAUGGUACAGUGACUGAUGAUCAGCCAGUGAAAGUCAUCAGCUCCUGUAGACUGGACAUCUACCUGUUCCCCUUUGACACUCAGAACUGCACUUUCAGCUUCAACUCCUACAUUCUCAGGACUACCGAUAUGCAAAUUAGCGUUCUGUGGGACAACGAGCUUAGAUUCAACAUUUCUAAAGAGGUCAUGACUACAAUGGGCGAGUGGCAUCUAGUUGGACUCACAGCGGAAAAAUUAGAAAUUCCAUCCAGUUCGGGAGGAAGCUACAACGAGCUCCGCUAUUAUGUGUCUGUGCGGCGCAGUCCUACCAUGUACGUAGUGAACCUGCUCCUCCCCAGCUGUUUACUAGUUGCAGUGGACCUCUUCAGCUUCCUCCUGCCCCCUCAGAGCGUGGAUAGGUCACAAUUUAAGAUGACUCUGAUUUUGGGCUACACCAUGUUUCUUCUCAUCAUGAACAACUUGCUUCCAGUCACUGGGAACACCAUACCACUCAUGAAUGUGUUCCUGACCAUGUGCCUGGUUCUGAUGGUGGGCAGUUUACUCGAGACCAUCAUCAUCACAAACCUGUUGUGUGGCGCUGUUAAAGACUCAGAGGUGCCCUGGAUCCUCAGACUGAUUAUUCUGCAGUUCUUGGGACCCCUCGUGUUGCUUCCACCAAAGCCUAAAAAGAAAGAGGACACAGUAAUUGAAAACCCAGCCGUAGAAGCCACAGAUCCAGACAAGAGCCCAAAGCUGCCUGCACCUGCCCCAAGGAGUAAAAUAGCAGAGGCUCUUCAGGACCUGGGCAGAGAACUUCACCAGAUCCGUCAGAAGGUGGAGCAGCAGCGCAGCAGCAGUGAGACCUCAGAGGAAUGGUUUCAAAUGGGCUACAUCACAGACAGAGUGGUCUUCAUCACCUACAUCAUCUUCAUAUCAGUUAGCUUUAUCACCAUAGUUAUCAUGUGGGCGAAGGCAUCAUGAGGGUCAAUGCAGCAACAUAGGGACCACCAAUAAGAAGUUCUGAAGUAGUGGCUUUUAAAUUAAAUAGAUCUACUUGCAAAGUCGAAUAGGCUACAUUUUAUAUUGUAGAGAUUACAUACUGUUUUUAUUACAUGAUAUUUAUUUAUACAAGGA